AUGCCGCCAAGACGAGGCGAGGCGAUAGGCACCGGGCGUGAGUCUGUGGAAGCGCAUAACGCUGAGAGUACUUGACCACGCUGACCACAUCUCCCUUUGCCGAUGAGCAGCCGGACUGCGCCCCCCGUCCGCGGGCAUGCGGACAGUCUCGUCCAGAAAUCAACUCUACACUUUGCAGCAUCAUGCAUCGUCCUCAUCCUUGGUAGCGACCCCUGCCGCUCCCACGUCCGGUGGAGCGGUCGCAGGGUCGAGCUCGGAGCCCAAUAUCGAUGUCAACGAUAGACGAGUCGCCUUAACAGCACCAGACAACAUGAGACGCAAGCGAGAAGAAGCUCGAGAUAAGCGUGCCAAAGUGAAGAAGAAAAAAGCAGCAGCUGCUAAUGCUGCUGCUAGCGCUUUGGCUGGAGUUUCACUGGGCCAAUCUGUCGCGUCUGCGACACUGAGUAGUGCGAGUGCUAGUGCUCGAAUGAGUGGAGAAGAGAGGCGAGGCUCCGUUUCAGAGGAUCCAAAUUCCGACCGCAAUGGUCACAGCGCUACACACAGGUCAGAUGGUAGAAGGAGAAGGCCUGCUCUGGAAGACAUUCGGCCGCCAAGCUCGGCUAGCUUCACUCAGCUUGGCACUACUCGACCCACUUCUCGCUCAAGCACUCGAUCGCUACCUGCUCAUACCACCAGCACUCCAUCUACACGCCCGUCAGAUGGCCAUCCAGCAGACGACACGGCUCGAGCACCCGGCAGCACAGCGGCGGCAUACGCGGCAGCAGAUGCCGCUGCUUUGGCCGAGAUAGCCGACUUCAGCACAGCACGGCAACGCACAGAUAUCUAUAGCGCCUCUUUUCUCGGCCAGGUACCAGGCGCCGACGACAUUCUCGUGGACGACCUCGGCGAAUUGGACUUGCCUCCUAUUUAUCCUGCUGGUGACGUUCCACCUCAGGCGCUCGGCCCACCGAGUCAGCCUCGAAUACCAAGCUCCCCACCUCCUGAAUUCCGAAGCGAAGAGAGCAGCUCUGGAUCCGAGAGCGAAGCGGGCGAUAGUGCACCAAGAGUUUUGAGCGCGUGGGAGAGGGACGUCGAGGAGGGGCUACCUUUCGAGGAGCGCAUGGAAAGGGAAGCACGGAGGAGAGGCCACCUCCAGUCGUUCGCGGAUGGUAGGUAUCUCGAAGGCGCCCAGCCAGGUAGCUCUCAUGCAGCGCCGCAAGAGAGUGCGUCUGAGGAUCGUGCGCCGCUUGACGAAGAUUCCACCCUGCCCGCGGCGACACCGGUUGAGAAUGAGGAAGGUCAAGCGGACGGCACAGACCGAAGCGCCGUGAAUUCCGUCGAUCUGGGGGCGUUGGUCUUAGAGGCUCGGAAUCGGCGACACCAAAAUACCUUAUCGCAAGAAAUAGGAGAAAAUGCGCGCUCGCGGACGCAACUAGUAGAGGCCCAAAGCCCCCACCUGUCGACUGUCGCACCACCAGCGAACGGAAGUGGCGAGCGCGCGCAUGCAACAAGCUCUGAAAGAGCUUUAGAAUCCUCGGCUGCGUCCAGCCAAGCAAACUCAGCACCCGCACCUCGCCCUACGCAGCCAGCCUCAGGGUCAAAGCCUGCAGAGGCACUCCGACCGCAAAGUACAACCUCAGGCAGCGAUUUUAGGGCGUCGGUGAGCGCACCAGCUCCAGUCGACGCGGUCGAGCAGCCCGCUUCGACUUCCUUCAGCAGCAGGACGCUAGCCGCUCAGGGCGCCCAAGGGCUUUCGAGACGCGCGUCACAUCGUAGAGUCGUAUCCGACAGCAGAGCGAAUGGAGCUGUUUCGUCUCUUUCUCGAAACGAAGAGCUGCCCAAGACGACUGCCACUACCAGCUCAAUGGCGAGAGGCAAGGCGACUCGACUCAGGCCACGGCCUGCGAGUGAGAGUCACACACGAUUCAGGGAUGAUGCGACUGCGGCAGCGCAGCGCCGUGGUGCUCUGUGGGCCGCUGCCUCGGCACAACCUGCCGAGCUCGUCAAAGCUCCUGGUCGUAUCUCUUCUGUGUCCAGUAACGUCGCGCCUAGCGAAGCCAAUGCCGCCCUGUACGCCUUGGCGCAGCAUAAGCUCGAGCGUGCUACAGCUCUCUCUGAAUCGGACGAUUCGGAGGAGGACUGGCAAGCAGACAAACGCGCGAUAGAAGCGCUACAAAGAGCAGGAGCUCCACCUUCGGCAGUAGCAGAUAGCGAUACGGAUGAGGAACUCAAAGUGCCAGGAAGAUUUGCUCGACUUCGCUCUGACUCGCUCAACCAUACUGAUCUUUCUGGUCCCGUGCCGCGAGCACCACCUCCGCUUGUUCUUGGACGGUCUCGAGGAGGCGCUGCCUAUUCUUCGAGCAGCGAGUCUUCUAGCGAUGAAUUGGGCCGUCCAGACGAUUCUUCGAGCGAAGAAGAAGAUGGCUACACCGCCGCUAAUCCCACUCGACAACGGCACGCACUCGAAAUGAGACUGGCAAACGGCGCCCAAACUCAGAGUAGAGUAGACCCUGCGAGUAGAUCUUUGUCUCGUGCUUCGUCCGUCACGAGCACAUCUACGCAAAGCAGUCGCCGCGCCCAUUUCGUGGAAGAUCCCGUCGGGGACGACAAAAUUGCCGAUAGCGUCUUGCGCACAUUGUCUCCGGGCCGCGCAGACAAGGGCAAGACUCCGAUGCGACCCGAAAGGUGGCUGCCAGCACAUUCACCUGACUCUUUGCCUCCGAGUCGUGGGCAUGGUGCGCCACCCGUUCCCUCCACGGCUACUGCUGCUGGCACGUUCGAAGAGGACGUUGGCAGCAGCGGCAGCUUCUCGGACGAAUCUUUGGAAGAUGCAAACGCGACGCUGAGAGCUUCGGCAGCACCGCGAAUGGCACACAACGCUGUUGACACGCAAAGCACGCUCCGGCCUGCUGUAAGCUCUCGCCUCAAGGGUCUCUUCGCCACCCCCUUACACGGUGGCGGAGCUGGUGGGAUAACAGACAGCUUUAUUCCACGCAAUCCGCCAGAGCCGAUGCAAGACGAGGCAAGUGUGCGAUCUGGUGAGGACGGACGGUCCGUGUUCCGACAGCCCCUUACCGAUCCCGUCAAGCCUAGACAAAGCGGACCAAAGGCGCUUCCGAGACCGCCUUUAUCCUCUACCAAUCCCGAGAAAGCCCGAGCACAGGCCCUUGCCCAGCUGACCCGCCUACGAACGACCACCAAUGGCUCCAACAACGACUCUCUUACCGCCUUGGAGGCGUUGCUGGUCCGUGGUGCGACAGCGACUCCCAGCUCCACGCUAAACCUCUCAGCUCCCACUCACGCUGGGCUGCGACCCACCAGCUUUGUCAAUCCGCGUUCGAGCGGUGCACCUAGACCGCUCGGCCGCCUGCCCACCAUCACGGCAGAGACGAGGCAUUACGCUCCGGCAAAGCAUUCAUGGCCGAGCAAUGGUGCACCUCCAAGACCAGGCGGCACUCCGUCUUGGCUGGCUUACAUCCCUCAGGAAGAGCAAGACGCCUUGCAAGAACCGCUCACGCCUGCUCGUGCCACGAGCAACAAUGGAGGACGCGUAUCUACGCUCAUCUCGCGAUUUGAGAGUGCCGCACCUUCGCAAUCUCGUAGCCCGGUGCAGCUGGUAGACGAUGGGCCAGUCCAAGUUCCAGAGCGCAAUCCACUCGGCAAUGAAGCGAGUGAGGCCACCCCGACGUCUAAGGAAUCCGUCGAUACACAAAGCUUGGACAGGCGCAUGAGCGCACUUCGCAGGCGCCCACCACCUCCUCCUCCACUGAGCGCUUUGUCUCGAGGUCGAGCCACUCGAGCGUCACGCAUGGCCGAGCCACAAAGCUCUGACCACAGCCCUGUCACCUCAAGCCAGAAUGCACCUGCGCCCGGUUCAACGGAUGCGUCAGCUCUUGAAAUCUUUGCUUCGGAUGACGUGCGCUCAUUCGAGCGCAGGCGUGAACCUCUUUUUGGCUCCUUCACCGCCCGGCGGCCUCUGCCAAAUCCUCCUACCAUUCCGGUAGGGACCAGCUCGCCUUCCCAGCAAAACGCUCGAUCACAUGGCCCGAAAAGACCUGCAGCGAGCACAGCGCAUGAUGCCUUCGAAGCUCAGACAGGCAGCGGAACAGCACACGGCGAUGCAAGGGACUCUCCAGUUGUUCCAUCAGGAGGAUCUUCUGCUUCCGAAAGUGAAGCAGAGCCAGCUGCUGAGGCGGUAGAUGCGCUGCAGCGGCCCACGAGACAAGCGUCUAUCGGCUUUACCGAUUUAGAUUUCCUGGCUUCGCGCCUAGAACAGGCAGGAGAUCACUAUGAUGAGCUUACUACUUUGGCAGAGUUUUUGGGACCGAGCAAAGAGACUCGGGCUACGGUCGAAGAAAUGUCCAACUUGGCAGUGGGUCGGGUGGAGCUUUUGAGUCGCAGGACGACGAAGGAAGGCAAGAUCAAGCAAAAGUUGGGAGUGGCAGGUGUGAGGGUGGACAAGUGCGCGAUCUGCCUGAACCAAUUCAGGCCGCUUCAAGAAGCUUGCAUUUUUCCUUGUUUGCACAUCUUCCACGAGGGCUGCGCUUUGCAGCUGCUUAGAUCGGUCAGGAAUUGUCCUAGUUGUCGUCAGCCUAUUGCGUGA